GGGUGAGGGAGAUGUUUUUCCCACUUAAUUGCCCAAAAAAAAUGAACGAAAUAUCGAACAAACCUUGCAAUGGUGGAGUUACGGAGGUGACGUCGUGGUAGCAGGGUACGUUACAGUGGGCUUUAAAGGGUGACGUAGAGCUUCUUGUGGAGCUCAGAAACCAAGGCACAAAGCCUCUCCUCCAGUUCCUUUUGGCAUUUUAGAGAAAGAAAGAAAGAGAGGAGAGAGAAUUACAAGUGAAGAAGAAAUAGUGCAAUUGAGUUUCAGGAAUUCCUGAGGGAGAUUUUCAUUGAACUAUUGGAAAGCCUAGAGAGAGAGUCGUACCCAUUAGUGAGAGAUACAGAGAAGCUCACCCAUUUACAGUAGAGAGAAAGUGUGAGAAACUCACCAUUUACAUUAACUGUUGGAGGGAUUUCUCUCUGUAGAAGUCGUGGUACUCUGGUAGGAGAAAAGCUCACCGACUGGCAACCCCCCAUUUUCAAAUGGAGCCAGCUAAUGCAACUCUUCUAUGUGCUCCAUUGGUGGCCCCAACUGUAGAGGAGAUGUUGCUUCAAAUGAAUAAAGCUAAUGUUAGUGGAGCAGACCUUGUGGAGAUCAGAUUAGACACUCUCUCUAACUUUAUGCCUCAUGAAGAUCUCAAGCUAUUGCUUGGAAACCGACCAUUACCGGCCAUUGUUACAUAUCGGCCCAAAUGGGAAGGUGGUCAAUAUGAAGGCGAUGAUCAUUAUCGACUGGAUACACUUUUUAUGGCAAUGGAAUUAGGAGCUGAUUAUAUUGAUGUCGAGCUGCAGGUUGUCAAUGACUUCAUGAGUUCCAUAACCAGAAAGAAGCCUAGCAAGUCUAAGGUCAUAGUUUCUUCACAUAAUUACCAAAUCACCCCUUCAGUUGAGGAGCUUGGUGACCUUGUCGCAAGGAUACAAGCUACUGGAGCUGACAUUGUCAAGAUAUCAACAAUGGCCCAGAACAUUACAGAUGUGGCUCGCAUGUUUCAUGUGCUUGUUCAUUGUCAAGUUCCCAUUAUAGGGCUGCUUAUGGGUGAGAAAGGAGCUAUUUCACGAUUACUUUGCCCAAGGUUUGGUGGAUAUCUCACUUAUGCUACACUUGAAGGUGUCAUAAAAUCUGCUCCUGGGCAGCCAAAAUUGAAAGAUAUGCUUAGCAUCUACAAUAUCAGGCAGUUGGGAAGAGACACAAAAAUAUAUGGACUUAUUGGAAAUCCAGUGGGUCAUAGCAAAGCCCCUAUCCUCCAUAAUGAGACAUUUAAGUCUGUUGGUUUUAAUGCAAUAUUUGUGCUUCUAUUGGUGGAUGAUGUGAGAGAGUUCUUAGAUGUAUAUUCUUCACCAGAUUUUGCUGGUUUCAGUGUUACGAUCCCUCAUAAGGAGGAGGCACUCAGACACUGUGAUGAGCUUGACCCGAUAGCUAAGUCCAUAGGAGCUAUAAACACUAUAAUUCGGAGACCGAGUGACGGGAAAUUAGUUGGUUACAACACUGACUGUCUUGGUGCGAUUUCUGCUAUUGAGCACGAGAUGAGAGGUUUAUUUAGCUUGAAGGGUGAAGCUGAAUCACCCCUUGCUGGAAGAUUAUUUGUAGUCAUUGGGGCUGGUGGUGCUGGAAAGGCAUUUGCUUAUGGUGCCAAAGAAAAGGGAGCAAGGAUCAUUAUUGCUAACCGUAGUUAUGAUCGAGCUAAAAUACUUGCUGGUUUGGUCGGAGGACAAGCUAUGUCUUUAAGUGACUUAGAGAACUUCCGACCUGAAGAAGAGUCGAUUCUUGCAAAUUCUACUUCUGUUGGAAUGUAUCCAGACAUUGAUGGAACACCCAUAUCAAAGGAAGCUCUAAGAAGAUAUGCUGUGGUUUUUGAUGCUGUUUACACCCCAAAAGACACAAGGCUUUUGCGUGAGGCGGAGGAAGUUGGAGCUGUUGUUGUGAGUGGAGUGGAAAUGUUCCUUAGACAAGCCUUUAGACAGUUUGAGCUCUUCACUGACUCUCCAAGUAAUAAUGGACUGGACUGCCUAGGUGUUUUCUUUUCAUAAGCACCAGUGCAGGUGAUGCGCAAGAUUGUCCAAGAAAGAAUCUGAAACAUACUAGAAGGCCUUUCUAUUGUAAUUGGAAGUUCAUAUGAUAGUGUUAGUUGUUUCACCGCAUAAAUGACUUAAGCUCGGAACUUGGUGAAUUAGCCUAUACAGUUAUCAUUAAGGGAAAAUUGUGGUAGGUUAUUCUAUGAAGGAAAAAGUUUAUAUAA